UUUUUGUUGUCUUUUCUUAUUCAAUUCAUGAAUAAGAUAAACAAUAUAACCCGCGUGGCCCUUUAAGCAAACGACACUUCCGGUUCCAUCAUCUAAUCGUUAUGUACUGUGCUCGUUUGAAGUCAUGCGGAUAAUACUCUGAUCAGAAAAAAACCCCAGUGUGGUCAGUAACUCUAACUGUUCCAUAACCAGAGUUGAAACAUAAUCUGGAGAUCUUCAUUGUCUUUCAUCCUUGGAUAUUGAUCUAAAUGAGCUGCAUCUUGGAUUCUGAGCCAUAUCUCCAUCAGCACAUAGGAUGAAGAUUCAUCUCAGAUCCUAAGGUAUCUCAACCAUGACAUUAUCCUGCUUCUAAAUCUCGACCUGAUUAGCAAAACCCAACCAAGAAAGGAGCGAGCAUGCACUGCCGAUCUCCACUCAAGAGGGGACACUGCAGGUAGAAGAUUUUGGGGAAGGGCUUGUGCAUUAAACUUGCCAUGGAUGACUUCACGACACGCACCUAUGGCACCAGUGGCAUGGACAACAGACCUCUGUUUGGGGAGACAUCAGCCAGGGAUAGAAUCAUCAAUUUAAUAAUCGGUGGACUGACGUCUUUACUUGUUCUUGUGACCACAAUUAGCUCAUUUGUCUUCCCCUCACUGCCUACCAAGCCAUUGAACAUUUUCUUUGCCGUCUGCAUCAUGCUAGUCUGUGGGUCAGUGUUGGUUCUGAUAUACUGGUAUAGGCAGGGAGAUUUGGAGCCCAAGUUUCGCAACUUGAUCUACUACAUGCUCUGUUCCAUCGUUCUGUUGUGUAUUUGUGCCAACUUGUACUUUCAUGACGUGGGACGUGACAAACAUAGUGAUGCCUUAUAAAACUGUUACCAUGGAAGCUGUUCCAGUCUCAGGAAUGUUCAUCAUUAUGUGGGCACUGUGGGCAUACCCACAUAACCACACAUGAGUUCUUGAAUCAGGAGAAUACAUUUUCCUACAAGAUGCCUACAAUUUUGGGGCAGGGCCAGUCUGCCUUUAGGAGCCAUAUUAGUGGACUAAAUAUAUAAGAAAUGCAAAUAUGUUAAUAAUGAGUAGCACUCUGGGAUGUCAUGCACAAGUUUUGCACCCUGAACGCUGUACACAGCUUACAAACCUAUAUGCCAAUGUUUUAAAAACAAGCCAUGGCAGUGUAAUGCAUAAUGCUUUUAUAUUUGUACACAACACACCUAUGGUACAUUCCUGAUUGAGAUUUAUUUUGUAUUUAAAUUAUUAGAAAAGCAAUCUUGAUUAAAUCAGAGCACUUGAUUAAAGACUGUAAGCAGAGUCUUUUGUAAAUGCUGCUUUUUUCUUUUUCUAAAUAACUGCACUCUGUUAUUUGAUAUGGUGAAAACCUUCAAAUUAGUGUCAUUGGCCAUUUAUUAUUUGAAUUUUAUG